CUGUUCUCACCAUAUUUAAAUAGCAUGAAGAACAUAACAGUUCAUGACACAAAUUGAGUAGAUAAUCCGAAAAAAUAACCCAUCCUCCCUCAGACCAUGAUCCCGUCUCAUGAAUUUAUACACAGCUCUGUAGCUCGUCUCAACUCACCUCGUUUCUCUAAAAUAUUUUCUACUCCUGCUGCCGACUGCAAACGCAUGUGGCAUGUGUUUUGCCCAUGUUUACAUCAUGUAGAAUUGACAAUUUAGCGUAUUCGCAUAAAAAUAGCCAAAAGUGCAAAGAGCAAUACAAUAAUUAUUAUUCACUUUCGGUCUGGUUGAGAGGAAGACAAUACCGUGAUUGAACCAUGGGGCAGGACGUGGAGGGCCACAAGUUGAUUCGCCAAGGGGCCGAAGGUCGCAUUUACACGGGACUCUUCCUGGGGCGCAAAUGUAUCGUCAAGGAACGUUUCCCUAAAACGUAUCGUCACCCCGCCCUGGACGAGAGGCUCACCAAAGAACGGAUGCGUGGAGAGCUGAGGGGAAUCCUACGUUCCAAAGCAGUUGGCAUUCGGGCCCCAACUGUUUAUUUUGUGGAUACCAAACGAAAUGCUAUUGUGAUGGAACUAAUUGAGAAUGUGGACACAGUGAAUGUACACAUUGGUCAAGUUCUCCAAAAGAAAAUCCCCAGUGGUGAUGGAACAGAGGACCUGAAGGACCUAGCAAGACAAAUUGGCGUGGUGGUAGCCAAGAUUCACGCUGCCGGAAUCAUUCAUGGUGACCUCACCACCUCCAAUAUUCUGGUAGACAGGACGACGACCAAAAACCCCUCCUCAAUUUGUCUCAUUGAUUUUGGUCUGAGCCACGUCGAGAAUUCUGCAGAGGAUAAGGGCGUAGAUUUGUACGUUCUUGAGCGUGCUCUGACUAGCACUUUCUCCUCCAUUCCUUGGUUCUUUGAAGAAUUGUUGGCUUCAUAUCGCAAAACGUAUGUGAUGGGAGGGGAGGAAGUAUUUGAAAAGUUGGAAGAAGUUAGGUUAAGAGGAAGGAAGAGGACAAUGGUAGGCUAGACAGACAUGCAUUAAAGAAAUAAUGUUAUACUUAAUCAUAUUAUUAUUACCAAAUUACUGAUUCAUAAUAAAUAAAUAAUAGUUCAUCUAAUCCUUCUGGAUUAGAACCGAUAUUAA